GGGCGGGGUUUCGGAUUCGCCGACAUCCGGAGGGUGGGCUCUCUCUGACAGGAGGAAGGAGGCUUCUGACUGGCUCUAACCGUCUAUGGUGACUGGGAGCCGGGUGCCAACCUUCAAAAGCCGGCUGUUCUUCUGCCACUUCCUUCCUUUAUUCCAGAAACACGGGGACCUAUGGCUGCCAAAGGGAUGAAUCUGUGCAGUGUGUGCUGCCUGCUUCUUUAUGUAAUCACGGCGGUGCUCGCGGGGCGAGAUUUCUACCAGAUCUUGGGAGUGAGUAAGAGCGCCUCUAUCAGGGACAUAAAGAAGGCCUACAGAAAGCUGGCUCUCCAGUUACACCCCGACAGAAACCCAGACGACCCGAAAGCUCAGGACAAAUUUGCAGACUUGGGAGCAGCUUAUGAGGUACUCUCAGAUGAGGAGAAAAGGAAACAGUACGACACAUACGGAGAAGAUGGACUCAAAGAGGGUCACCACGGCUCACACAACGAUAUCUUCUCCAGCUUCUUUGGUGACUUCGGCUUCAUGUUUGGAGGAAACCGACAGCAACAGGACAGGAACAUCCCCAGAGGAAAUGACAUCACACUGGACCUGGAGGUCACGCUUGAAGAGGUUUACUCUGGCAACUUUGUGGAGGUGGUUCGUGUGAAGCCUGUAGCCAAAGAAGCCCCCGGCAAGAGGAAGUGUAACUGCAGACAGGAGAUGAGGACGACGCAGCUCGGACCUGGCCGCUUCCAGAUGACUCAGGAGAUGGUGUGUGACGAGUGUCCCAAUGUUAAGCUGGUAAAUGAAGAGAGAACCCUGGAGGUAGAAAUUGAACAAGGAGUGAGAGAUGAAAUGGAGUACCCCUUCAUUGGAGAAGGGGAACCUCACAUCGACGGGGAACCGGGAGAUCUACGGUUCCGCAUCAAAGUGUUGAAACAUCCCGUGUUUGAACGCAGAGGGGACGACCUGUACACCAACGUCACCAUCUCCCUGGUGGAGGCUCUGAUCGGAUUUGAGAUGGACAUCGCACAUCUGGACGGACACAAGGUCCAUGUAGUGAGAGAUAAGAUCACCAAGCCUGGUGCUCGGAUGUGGAAGAAAGGAGAAGGUCUGCCAAACUUUGACAACAUCAACAUCCGAGGUUCCCUCAUCAUCACCUUCGAUGUGGAGUUUCCUCAGACGCAGCUCGACGAACAGCAGAAAGAGGGUAUUCAGAGUGUGCUGAAGCAGAGCUCUGUACAGAAGAUUUAUAAUGGACUACAAGGAUACUAACACCCCAACAGACACACCGGGACUCUGUUCUCUGUCUCACACACCUUCAAUCAACCGAACCAUGCUCCAUCAUCCUGGCCAGGGUGUAUUUAUUAUUUUCAGAUUGUUCUCAGGAUGGCUGAACCUAAUUUUGUUUUUAUUUGAAGUGUGUAAAUGGAGUCUUUCUGUUUAACGUUUCUUAUCCCCCAUGUUAUAUUGUAAUAGGGCCUUUUUUUCGGUUUAAAUUUAAAAAGCUAAUUCACUUAUUUCUGAGUGAAGUUAAACAAAGACUGUGUCAACAACCACUGUACCUGUCUGGGUGCAGCCCACUUCAUCUGUUGAAGGAUGUGCCGCUGACAGACUCAACAUCUGGAGAAGAAGAAAGAAACCUCACCAACCACGGAACAAUUUUCAACCUUUUUAUUCGUUUUUAUGAAUGCAACGGCUUUGCCUGUUGACUGAUGAAAUAUAGUUUUGUUUUGGUCGGACUCCUCUUCAAUAAUACUUUGUAAAUAGGGAAGAACGAGGCUCAUCUGUUUGUUGCGUUUUAGUUUUCCUAAUUUAUGUUAGCUCUUUUUAUGUGUUUACACAUUGAAACGGGAGGAAUGUCCGCAUUGCACAACCCCCAGGUAUGCUGUGACAAGAGUUGACCUCUUAAAAUGAAACGGUGAACUUUUUAAUUAUUAUUAUUUGGGGGUGGGGGGGUUUGGGACAGUUUGCACAGCCUCCAGCGCCACUGUAGGGAAGUCUUAUUUCACACACCUGUGACACUCUCCCUGUCGGGGCUGAACACUCAAAGGGACCUCAGGCCAUGAAGAAUCCACCUUCCCAUGGUGGUUUUAGGAUUCCACUUCUCUCUAUUUCUACUAACGACUGCAGCGUUUCCUCCCGAUGCUAUGAGAGUGUCACGGCCUUAAGGGGAUGAUAUACUGUUGACUGACGAUAUGAAUAAAGAUUUCUACAAAUUCUGA